AUGAGUCUUGGCUUCAGUAUCGAUCUCAUCCACCGUGACUCCCCAUUGUCUCCCUUUUACGAUCCUUCUCUCACAGUCUCCCGGAGAGUGGUUGCCGCCUUCAACCGCUCCAUCCACCGUGCUCAGUUUUUCAACUCCAUGCUUUCCGGCGUCACUAAUAUCUUUCCCAACCCUCAGUUAGCUGAUUAUCUCAUGAAGAUAUCAAUCGGCACUCCACCUCAAGAAAUCAUCGGAGCUGCUGAUACAGGGAGUGACAUAAUAUGGACACAAUGUGAACCUUGUUCUUAUUGUUUCAACCAAAAGCUUCCUAUCUACAGACCCGACAAUUCCUCCACUUAUAACUCGAUAACGUGUGACUCCAAGUCUUGCAUGUUGGUUCCAAUGAGAUCUUGCACCACAUCCGACAACACUUGUUUGUAUCUAGUCGUGUAUGGAGAUCUUUCGUAUAGCUCCGGAGAGCUAGCGACGGAGACUGUUACACUCCAAUCAGAUACAGAUGGCGACUCGUUGGCGUAUCCACGUGUCAUGUUCGGGUGUGGGCACAGAAAUGCGGGCAUGUUUACUGACGACCAAAGUGGAAUAAUCGGGCUCGGAGGGGGGCCUUUUUCUCUCAUUACACAAAUGGGGUCUUCCAUUAAAGGGAAGUUUUCAUAUUGUCUUGUUCAGAUGUUUCCUCAUGUGGAAAGAUCAAGUAAAAUGUACUUUGGUGAUGCUGCCAUGGUUUCCGGAGAUGGGGUGGUUUCCACCCCUAUACUUUCCGGCUACGGCCCUGGCACCUUUUACUACCUUAACUUUGAAGGGAUUACAGUCGGAGGACAACGUGUUGAUUUUUACACCACGAAACCUACUUCUGUGGAGGGUAAUAUCAUUAUUGAUUCCGGAACAUCUUUGACUUUUUUUCCUGAAGAGUUCUACAAUCGGCUACAGUUGGCCGUGAGACAUACGAUGAAAGAUAUUGUGCCGGUUAGUCCUGACCGGGAAAAUAAUCUGAGGUUGUGUUACAACCGGUUAGAAGUGAUGGCUGAUCUUCCGGUGAUGGUGGCUCAUUUUAAUGGGGCGGAUUUGGAGUUGGAUCCGAUGAACAGUUUUGUUCAAAUAGGCAAUGAUUCGAUUUGCUUGGCGUUUGCUCCGGUAGAUGGUGUUGUCAUUUUCGGAAAUCUUGCACAGAUGAAUUUCUUGGUAGGUUAUGAUCUUAAUAAGAAGACGGUUUCGUUUAGAAGAACGGAUUGUAUGAAGUUAUGA